AUGGUCGUACACAACCCCAACAACUGGCACUGGAUAGAUAAGAACUGUCUUCCAUGGUCCAAAGAGUACUUCAAGAACGAGAUCACUAACACCACCUACGAAGACGAGGAAAUCAAGGUGGUUCUCACUGAAAUCGACUCAGUCACCGGUGACUGUGAUGUCACCCAGAGAAAGGGCAAGGUUUUGUGCAUCUAUGACAUGAAGUUGCAGUUCACCUUAAGUGCAGACACCAAGAACGACGAGGAAACCUCCAAGAUCACCAUUACCAUUCCAGAGUUCUUCCAUGACCAGGACGAUGACGAGUAUGUGUUUGAAAUUUCUGACUCCCAGCACAAGACUGUGAUCAGAAAGGCCUUCGUUCCGGUGUUGAAGGCCAAGCUUGUCAAGUUCCAAGGCGACUUGAUCAGCGCCCACGAAAAGGACGUCCAGCACUCCACUUGA